AUGGACUCUGAGCGCCAAUUGUCGUCAAGUGGUCGAAUUGCCAUCAUGGACGUGGGAACGAGAAUCAAACGCGAGGACGUCGACGAUGCGGUGAAGAAAGUGCGCAUGUUUCAGACUCGCACAAUUGGUGCCGGCAUCUCUAAGCCUUCUCGCGGCCUCGAGGCCAACUUCCUUCUACGUUACUCGCCCGAAAUCCACAAUGAAAUAUAUGCACAUGCUCUGGGGGUAAAGUCGUACACCUCCACAAACACCCGCGUCGUGCGCUGGAAACACACAAAAAAGUCUCUCUCUGAUGGUACAACCCUGCUUCGACUGUGCAAAGAAAUCACAGUUGAGGUGAGAUCGAUGCUCGAAGCUCGUGCUGUCCCGCACAUCCCGAUCAUGGCGUACAUGAACUUCAACAAGCUGACUGCAUGCGUCAUUCGAGACUAG